UUUGUGACCCACACGUCGUCGUCCGACGUGGCUCUGCAAGUCGGUUGGUGAUCUGAUUCUGAGCUUAUCGAGUCAUGUAGCUACCAUUUUACGUGCAAGAGAGAACCCGAAAAAGAAAAAAAAAUACAAAUGUAUUAACAAAUUAGUCCCCUUCGAACAUCAGACAACAACAACAAACAGAGUUUAGAGUCAGAAAAUAUACGGAAUUUCACCGUUUUUAUAAGCUUCCUCUAAACUGCCUGUCUUUCCUCCCACCGAAAGCGAAGUCUCAAUUAUAAGUUAAUAUCAUUCCUCAUAUUCGACUUUCAUUUUCAGGUAAUACUAUAUUGAUUGCAUAUACACAUGUAUACAGAUAUACACAUGUGUGUAUAUAUAUGUGAGCUUUGAUUAGUAUGGCUUGAAUUGGAGCCUAGCUGUGUGGUUUGGCGUUCUAGGGUUUUGGAAUUCGAGGACUGUGUCGGUCACUGAUAUCACAUGGCAUUGUUUCGCAAAUUGUUUUUCCGGAAGCCACCUGAUGGACUUUUGGAGAUCUGCGAGAGAGUUUACGUAUUUGAUUGCUGUUUCACUACCGAUGCUUGGGAAGAAGAAGAUUACAAAGUCUAUGUAGGAGGCAUAAUGGGUCAACUUCGAGAUCACUACCCCGACGCUUCAAUCUUGGUGUUCAAUUUUCGUGAGGAAGAGACACACAGCCAGAUUGCUAAUGUUUUGUCUGAGUAUGAUAUGACCGUAAUGGAUUAUCCCCGGCAUUACGAGGGUUGCCCACUGCUUUCAAUGGAAGUGCUCCACCAUUUUCUAAGAUCAAGUGAAAGCUGGAUGUCACUUGGGCAGCAAAAUGUUCUUUUAAUGCACUGUGAGCGAGGUGGUUGGCCGGUUUUGGCUUUCAUGUUGGCUGCACUUUUGAUUUAUAGAAAGCUUUACACCGGGGAACAAAAGACCUUAGACAUGGUUUACAAGCAGGCUCCUCGCGAACUUUUGCACUUGUUGUCACCUCUGAAUCCUCUCCCUUCUCAAAUAAGGUAUUUACAGUAUGUAUCAAGGAGAAAUGUGGUCUCUGAAUGGCCUCCUUUAGUUAGGGCUCUCACCUUGGACUGCAUCAUUAUCCGAUUAAUUCCUAAUUUUGAUGGGGAGGGGGGUUGCCGCCCAAUAUUUCGGAUAUAUGGACAGGAUCCUUCUCUUGUUAACGAUCAAACUCCUAAAGUUUUGUAUUCAACUCCAAAAAGGGGCAAGACUGUCCGGCACUACAAGCAGGCAGAAAGUGAACUAGUUAAGAUUGAUAUCAACUGCUGUAUUCAAGGUGAUGUUGUAAUCGAGUGUAUUAGCUUGAAUGAUGACAUGGAGCGGGAGGAGAUGAUGUUCCGAUUCAUGUUCAACACAGCCUUUAUUAGGUCAAAUAUUUUAAUGCUUAAUCGCGAUGAAAUUGACAUAUUGUGGGAGGCUAAGGAUCAAUUUCCAAAGGAGUACAGAGCGGAGGUUCUUUUCUCAGACAUGGAUGCUGCUGCUUCCAUAGUUCCUACGGAAUUGUCUUUUCUUGGGGAGGAAGGCCUUCCAGUGGAGGCAUUUUCUAAAGUUCAAGAGAUCUUUAGCAAUGUAGAUUGGUUACUUCCAAAGACAGAUGCUGCACUAACUGUGCUCCAACAAAUAGCUGCAUCAAAUAUUGCUCAAGAGAAGUUGGACUUUUCCCAUCAGAGUGUGGAUACUAACAAUUUAUUGCAUGAAUUAAGUCCUGAAAAGUUCCAGGAGAAACAGAGGCCUACAGAGCUGGAAAAUAAUAUUAAGCAUUCAUCACACUUGGUUUCGGAGGAUCAGUCGGUGCCCUCGGCUGAACUGUCACCAAAUGCAGAUUUGAACCAAGAGAAGGCUAAUCCAGAAUAUGUGGAACCCGGAAGUGUGCUAAUUUCGCCUCCAACACUACUGCCACCACUUCCAUCACGAUCUACAUUGAUUGCUUGCCCUACAGAAGCAUUUGCUUCUCCUCCACCUUCACCAACACUACCACUUAAUCAUCCUUCGACCUCAAAACCAGUGGAUUCACUUACAAGACAGCCUGACAGCUUUCUGGAAGGAGGCCAGCCUUUAUUGGCUUCUUCCUCAUCUGCAACUGAAACUUUAUCUUCAGGUACCUGUUCCAUCAAUUUUUUGUCCAGUCCUUCUUCCCAAACUACAGCCCUUGCAAUUGCUUCACCAACUGCAGCUCUUCCAUUGCUUCCUUCAACGGAGAAACCAGCUAUUGGAACUAGACCUCCUCCACCCCCACCUUCACCUCCUUCAACUCCGGCCUUGAAAGAUUCGGGUAUUCUCACUGGGCGACUUUCAGACCCAACUCCUCCUCCUACAACUCUGCCUUUAAAGGACAAUAAAAUUAUUAGAACUGGACCUCCUCCACCCCCCCCACCACCUCCUCCAGUUUCGUAUUUAAGAGAGAAUCCAGCCAUUAGCAGUGGUCCUCCUCCACCCCCACCUCCUCCUACUCCACCUUUGGAGGAGAAUUCAGAUGUAAGAGCUGGAACUCCCCCACCUCCACUUCCUCCUUGGACUCCACCUUUGAAGGAGAAUCCAGCCAUUAGCAGUGGUCCUCCUCCCCCGCCACCUCCUCCUACUCCACCUUUGAAGAAGAAUUCAGAUGUAAGAGCUGGAACUCCCCCACCCCCACCUCCUCCCCCAACUCCACUUCCUCCUCGGACUCCACCUUUGAAGGAGAAUCCACCCAUUCGCAGUGGUCCUCCUCCACCCCCACCUCCUCCUACUCCACUUUUAAAGGAGAAUUCAGAUGUAAGAUAUGGAACUCCCCCACCCCCACCUCCUCCCCCUACUCCACUUCCUCCUCGGACUCCACCUUUGAAGGAGAACUCAGCUAUCAGAACUGGCCCACCCCGACCCCCACCCCCACCCCCACCCCCUCCUUUUUCUGGCCAAGCUGCAGUGCCUACAAUCUCAUCUUCAGUGCCCCCGCCACCACCUCCACCUGCUCCCAGUUCUUCCUCCCAGUAUCUUGACCCUGUUAAAGGGCAUAUAAAGGUGGAUGCUUUUCCACAACAAUUGCUUUCGGCAGGUAGUAAUGGAGACAAUAGUUUGUCUGGAUCUCCAUCUCAUGUACCUCUGUCUCCUGCUCCUCCAUCUCCUACUCCUCCUUUCAGUUAUCCACCCAGCUUAAAGGGACGUUUGUCGCGUACUAUAAGUUCAAGGAAUAAUCAAUCAAAAAAACUAAAGCCAUUGCAUUGGUUAAAAUUAACCAGAGCAGUGCAAGGAAGCUUGUGGGCAGAGGCACAAAAAUCUGGUGAAGCUUCCAAGGCACCGGAGAUUGAUAUGUCAGAACUUGAGAGUCUUUUCUCAGUAGCAGUUCCAAAUUCAAAUCAAGGGGGAGGCGGGAAAUCAAAUUCUCGUGCUUCACUUGGGCAUAAAUCUGAAAAAGUGCAACUGAUUGAACACAGGCGGGCAUAUAAUUGUGAAAUCAUGCUUUCAAAGGUGAAAAUACCAUUACCUGACUUAAUGAGUUCAGUGCUUGCCUUGGAAGAUUCGGCAUUAGAUGCUGAUCAGGUUGACAAUCUUAUUAAGUUCUGUCCAACGAAAGAGGAGAUGGAACUGCUCAAGGGCUACAAGGGGGAGAAGGAAAAGCUAGGAAAAUGUGAACAGUUCUUCUUGGAGUUGAUGCAAGUACCACGAAUAGAAUCUAAGCUCAGAGUUUUCUCAUUUAAGAUCCAGUUCCGUUCCCAGGUUUCUGAUCUUAGUAGUAGCCUGAAUGUAGUAAAUUCGGCAGCAGAACAGAUCAGGAGUUCUGCCAAAUUUAAAAGAGUUAUGCAGACAAUUCUUUCACUAGGAAAUGCUUUGAACCAGGGAACUGCUAGGGGCUCUGCUGUUGGGUUCAAAUUGGAUAGCCUCCUCAAACUCACUGAUACACGUGCCCGGAACAACAAGAUGACUCUCAUGCAUUAUCUAUGUAAGGUGCUUGCUGAUAAACUGCCAGAACUUCUUGACUUUUCAAAAGAUCUUCCAAGCUUGGAACCUGCAUCAAAGAUACAACUGAAAUUCUUGGCGGAGGAAAUGCAAGCCAUUAGCAAAGGACUCGAGAAAGUUGUACAAGAAUUAUCCUUGGCCGAAAAUGAUGGUCCCGUGUCUCUAGAGUUCUGCAAGAUUUUGAAGGAGUUUCUUUGUUUUGCUGAAGCUGAAGUUAGGUCACUGGCUUCACUGUAUUCUGGGGUGGGUAGAAAUGUGGACGCCUUGAUUCUUUACUUUGGGGAAGAUCCAUCUCGCUGUCCAUUUGAACAAGUUAUUUCAACUCUAUUCAACUUCGUGAAAAUGUUCAAUCAUGCUCAUGAGGAAAAUUGCAAGCAGCUUGAGCUUCAGAAAAAGAAAGCAGAGAAGGCUGCAGAAAGUGAGAAGUUGAAGAUACAUGCUUCACAUGACACUGAAAAUUCAUUGCAUACUCCAGUUAAGAGAAUCAAAUAAUUUGACAAUACUAUAUCCCCGUGAGCUAGUUUCCCUACCAGGAAUAAAAAAUAUCAUAUGCUGCUGCUAGCAAAAACAUACGGAACACCGAGGAAAUGAGAAAUGAUCUUCUGAAUGGGAGAAGGAUGUAUAUAUAGUUGUGAGUUGAUGCAUAGGUGUAGAGUUGUAAAAAGACGCAAUUUGCAGCAAGCUAAAGGAUCGAACUUCUGUUUCAAGAGCAGAAACAGGGAGUUGGUGCAGUCCUGUUCGCUGUAGGCAACUUGUAAAAUAUCUACUGUCAGAAUGUAAGAUAUAUUUGAAAUGGAAAAACUGUUAUUCUGUCCUUUCUUUUCUAGUUUUUAUUCUGAUUUUCUGUUUCUCUUCUUAGUUUUUUAUUUAUAAAAUUAAUCCUAAUUGCCAUGUA